AUGGACGCCACAGCCAAGAAGCUCGGGCAUUACUUCCAAGCACACCCCGUACGGGUCCUCACCAACCAACCCCUCGAGGCAGUAUUAAGGGCCUCAGGGUCGGCAAGCAGAUUGGUCAAGUGGUCCAUGCAAUUGAGCCAAUAUGAUGUCCAGUUUAAGCCUCGACCAGCGAUCAAGGGGCAUGCGCUCGCCGACUUCAUAGUCGAGUGCACCGAUCGCGAGGUCGCCGAACUAGCCCGGAGCGAUGAGGAGGAUUGGUGGACCCUGUCCACGGAUGGCUCGUCCGACCCCAAAGGGUGUGGCGGAGGAGUGGUCCUCGUAACCCCAGAAGGGUUCCAGGCCUACUACGCCCUUCGUUUCCACUUUAAGUUGUCCAACAAUGAGGCCGAAUACGAGGCGCUACUCGGUGGCCUCAGGCUGGCAUUGGGUCUGAGGGCCUCCAAAAUAAGGGAGCGGUGUGACUCCCGACUGGUGGUCGGACAGGUGAAUGGUGAAUUCGAGGCCAACGAGGAGAGAAUGAGGAUACACCGCGAUGUGGUACCCCGAAGUCAAAACGGGGACGCAGACUUGCUCUCCAAGCUCGGCACCCUGGAGCAUGUCUCCAGGAUAGCACGGAUUGAGGACCUCCAAAGGUCCAGCCUGGAGGCCUACCCUGUCCUCCCCAUACAGACGCGGUCCCAAUGCUGGUUGGACCACCUCAUUGAGUAUAAGAGAACAGGUACCCUGUCAGCAGACGAGGCAGCCGCAAAGGCGGUCAAGAGGAGAUCACCAACAUACGUCCUCCUUGGAGACACCCUUUACAAAAGGUCCUAUAACGGCGCCCUCCUCCAAUGCCUAUACCCGGACGAAGCCAAGUCCAUCAAAGAGGAGAUACAUGAAGGCACCUGCGCCGCACACCAAGGAGCCUUUGCCAUGGCGAGGAGGGCCUUAUUGCAGGGAUACUUUUGGCCAAACAUGGCCAAGGAAUGCGCAGAGUACGCCCGGGGGUGCCCGACCUGCCAGCACUUUCACGCAGAGCCGGGACGGCCAGCGACCAGCUACACGCCUAUCAACACGGUAAUCCCGUUCUCACGGUGGGGGAUCGACAUCGUCGGGGCCCUACCCAUGGGGUUCGCGAAGAGGAAAUACAUAAUAGUCGCCAUAGACUAUUUUACAAAGUGGGUGGAGGCGGAGCCCCUCGCCACCAUCACGAGCACCCGGUGCACGGAGUUCAUACGGAGGAACAUUUUGUACCGUUUUGGGGUCCCCAUGCAAAUCAUCUCCAACAAUGGGCUCCAGUUUGAAAGCAAAGAAUUUAAGGCAUUCUGCGACCAAUGGUACUGA